UGUAAAAGAAAAUAAGCCUUUAUUUAUUGCACAAUAUUUACACAAUUCCAAUAUCAUAAUUCAAUAUAUUUUUUACAUUAAGUGUGUUUUUAUCAUAACUAUAUAACAAUUAAUUUCAAUGCUAUUGGUCUCUAUUAGGAAAAUAGAGGAAACCAUUUCCAGCGUGAUCCUUAUAAUUUUUUCCGAUCUAUCCAAUAAUUUGAAUCUAAUAUCCCCUAAUAGACAAAAUCCACUGUGCAUAUGUAGAAAAAAACCUUAUCACAUAUAUAUUUUUUAUAAUGACCAGAGUCCACAAGCACAAAGUUUGAAAAUUCUCAUCCCCAAAUUCACAUCUCAUCGCAACUCUUCUAAAAUUGGCUUUACCAGCACAAUUGUAUCAUGUGACUCCCGCGGAAGUAAUCGACCGUGCUCCAAUCAAAAAGACUUCCGCGAUAUCCUGUAUAUAUAUAUAAACUAUAGUGAUUGAUAAUGAUCAAUAAUCGAUACGAUCAAGAAAUUAAUAGCAAUGGGUAAAAACACUAUACUAAUGAAUUUACAUUUAAUAUCAUUUAUUAUGUACAAUAUCAUCGAUGUUAUUCUUUUAAUUUAAAAUUGAAUUAUAAUGGACUUAAUACGUAAACUCUUUUUUAUAUUUGUUAACAUCAAACAUCAUUUAUUAUAUACCAUACAUACUGCGUAAUACACUUAUUUUUAAAUAUUUUAUGAGAACAAAUGAUCCAUGAAAUAAUUGUAACAUAAUUAUUCAAAAAUUACAUCACAUUUAUUGACUUUAUAUGAGGAUAUAUUUAUUUAAAACUUUCGCCUUUUUUCUUUUGUAUUCAGGCAUCUUGACUUUAACCGUGCUAGCAGUAUUUCCAGCACUUGUUUUUGGUAACCCUAUUCGAACUUUAGCUUCGACAUUUGAAGACUGGAGGAGUCCUUGCGCACAACCGGAAACACAGCAGCUUCCGGACUUUUUACAGAGUAUUACACCAACAGUACAACCCCUUCCACAAAUCCUGAGGGAACUUAUAGUACAUAUGAAAGAAACAAAAGAGAAAAUAGAGGAGCUGAAACAUAACUAUACCCAGGUAAGGGUAAAACAGGGGGACUGUGAGAACAAUUUAGACGCCGCCUAUCUCCGUCUGGACGGAUUUCCAACCACCCCCUCCUUCAAAGGAUCCCUGCGCAUGUUUGAAGAAAGAAACUUGACUGAUAUCCUACUCACCGAUUACCACAAACUAUCCGUGGUUAUGAUCUUCCUGGAACAGGUGCGUUGGGACGAAGAUGUGUACGAGAACGACCAGUUUUUACCUAUCCUUAACGACAUAUUCCGCCGCCUGAAGUCCAUUCUUUGUGUUUUGACCAAUGCCCUCACGUCUCAGAAUGCCCAAGUCACAGAAUUCGCCAACAGGAGUCAUUCCAUGGGCCAGCGGUACAGAACCAUGUCAAGGGCAGACAACCAUGAUCGGGAUUACAUAAUCAUGAGGCAGAGUUUGAAACUGUUUAGUAACAUGAUUUUGAAGUACGUUGCGUUGAAGGACUUCUUGGAUGAUCCAAACUCGGCAUAGUAAAGCCAAGGAACCGUUUUGUGUUGUGAAGUUAUUUAUUAAUUGGUAUGUACCUGGGGGUAUUUAUGAAUGGCUUAUUAUAAACUAUAUUAAUGGACCAAAGAAAUUUUGACUUUUUAUCAAUAACAUAUAUGUAUAUUUUUAACUGAAUGCCAAUAUUUGUAUGAAUUUACAUUUUGUUGGUUACAAUUAUCCGCCCGUGUGUUUUGUUGUGUUAUUAUAAACAUAUGCUCAAGAAACAUAUCAUAUGAGUUCAAGAAAUUAUAUCAAUAUUUUUCUUUUAUUUUGAUUCGUGCUUGUUUGAAAAAUUGAUAUUUAUUUAUUUAUUUUUGAUAGAUUGUUUUUAUUGCAGAUGAUUUAUAUCAUGAAAAUUUGUUGCUUAAUAAGUAAAUUUCAUAGCAUACAUAGUAUUUUU